CGCUCGGGGGCUGCCGCUGGUGUUUGUAGAGGUGGUCUUGCUGCUGCUGCUGCUGCUGCUGCUGCUGCUGCUGCUGCUGCUGCUAGUGGUGGUAGUGGUGGUGGUGGUGGUGGUCGUCGUGACUGCAGGGUACUGCGAGCUUGUGGGGACACGGAGCUAGGAACGGAACAUCGUCGUGUCGGUGUAUGUCGGUGAUGCGUGCUAGUCGCGAUGCUUCGACCGAUACCUCUCUGGUGGGGAUUUCUGCGAACGGAGGAGAAGCACGAAAGAGAGAGAGACGUAGACGACAGGGGAAACGCGAGAGCUGCCGAAUAGCGUGCCGAGGGUUUAUCAGUGCGAACCGCGACGUCGACGUGGAAACGUCGUUAACGGCGCCGCGCUAUUUUCCGGGCCAUCCCUCGUCCUCGCUUUAAAACUGGGUCAAUCCUUCGUGCGCGAACCGACCGACCGACCGACCGACCGACCGACCGACCGACCGACCGACCGACCGACCGACCGACCGACCGACCGACCGACCGAACGAACGAACGAACGAACGAACGAACGAACGAACGAACGAUUUUUAUUAUAAAUCAAUUCCCGCCACGCUUCUUUUUUUCUCUCCUCUUUACUUUUUGCUUUACUUUUAUUCGUUUCCUCCUUUUUGAGCGCAAUCAUAUCUUUCUUUUCUUUAAUUGGGUACGAGAAUCGUCACUUUCAAAUAUGAGCGUUUCUUAUCGACGAUACGACGUUUCCUUUAACCCCUGAGAAAAUAUAUGUUUCUUUCUUUUCUAUUCUUCUCUUUUUCAAUUUUUCUCUUUUUUUAUUUAGAAAUCGACCCGUAGACAAGUGAUUCGCAUUUAAUCGGAACGUAGGUAUACGCGUGUAUCGGUGGCCGCAUCCCUGGCAUUUGUCGUUCGAUGGACCGCCGGGUCGCUCGUUCGCGAUUCCGUAACCAGGUCAAGCGUGCUCUUUUCUUUGCUGACCUUCGUUAUGCGAAAUCAAGGAUUCUUUUCAUCCGCGCCGGAUCAUUUCUCGCAUCUCGGUUCUAACGCAUUCGCGUCACUUUUUAUUUCGUCGUUCAAACUAUUACAAGAAUUUCUAUAUUGGUCUCUCUCCUAGAGUAACCGCGAAUUGAUCUUUGAUCAAAGUCGACGACGAGUUUGGCCACGAGUUCUUUUAACGUAAUUCAACUUAAAAGAAGAAAAGAAGAAAGUUUGAAGUACGCGUGACACGCGUUCGGAAACAUUUUCUCAAGAUGGAGAGCGUUCUCUUCAUCGAUCGACUCGAAAGACGUUCGAACGGCUUAGGAAAAAAAUAACAGACUUUCUUCCCCUAGGGAAGCGAUAUACUUUUGGACGAACGACCAUGUUUUCUUCUUUUUCUCUUCUUCUCUAUUUCCCCUAGGGAAAAAUACCAUUUUCUCCUGGACCCUUUCGAAAACGAUCCUUCUUCGCAUGUUGGCGCGCAUUUUUUAUCGCGAGCUUUCCCUCUUUUUAUCCAUUCCGUUCGAGACCCUUUCUCCAAGUAGAACGAUGUCUUUAGGUAGGCGACAUCGGGUAAGGAUAACGAGCAAUCCAAAGAAGAAUGCCCCUAUAUCGUAUUCGCGGACUCCAAGAUAAGCGAGUCUCAAAGAUAAUUGAGUGAUCGUGGGGUAAGAGGAAAGAAGUGCGAAGAAAAGGGAAAAUUCAAAGAGAAGAAUAGGAGGGAAAGAAGAAGAAACCAGAGGAAGGGGAAGAGGGAGGAAAGAAAGAGUUUGACGUUCGUUAAGAGGUUUCGAUAACGAAAUGUCAGUUCGUGCCGAGAUUCGUCGGAGCACGGCUCCUCCGUCUCUUCCUCGGUAUAACGAUAUUGCGGAAGGUUGCGUCUGCAAAUUUGUCGGUAUUCCAGUGUUCGGACGACGCUCCUGAAGCUCCCGGCUAGCGAAGAGCCGCUCUCACACGUCGGCCCUCGCUUUUUCAUGCUGGCAAUAAAAUUAGAAGCGUCGAUAACCUCGCGAAACUCUCUUUCGAGGCUUGCGCAUCGAGUGGCGCGCAAAUAACGCGGAAGAGCCAAAGAGUGUCCUCGAUCGGAAGAGGGUGCAAGUACUCGGCAUGAAGGGUUGAGAAAGGCGCGUCCUGAAAAUCCUCAAUAAUAAAGAAGAAGAAGAAGAAGAAGAAGAAGAAGAAGAAGAAGAAGAAGAAGAAGAAGAGGAAGAAGAGGAAGGAGUCGUAGACGUCACGAGUUGUCGGUUUUCACGGACGCGAUGUGUCUGAAAAGCAACAAAUGGAAGAAUAUUUUCUCCAACCACACGGAAUAGUUCUUACGGAGAAUGAGUCAUUCCUCGUUCAAUCGAAGAGAAUCCGACCGUGGUAGAAGAGCCUGGUCGCUCUUGAUCCAAGUAGCCAUUAAAAUAACAAACGUGCAGCGGCUGAUUUGUUCCUGCUUUCUAAUGGCGACGGCGGUCCUUUCCUGCCGGCGAAGCGAAUUUCAAUGCAACAACGGCCAUUGCGUCGCGUUGAACAAGGUUUGCAAUGUCGUCGACGACUGCGGAGACGGAACCGACGAAGUCCGUCAAUGUUCGCCCUGCAACAAAACGUACUUUGGCGACGUAGGAAAGACUUACGGUUUGGAAUUGCAUCGGCCGAAGGAAGACAAGGUGCCUUACAUUUGCAAGCUUACCUUUACCGCACCCGGCGGCGAUCUCGGUGAUAUCAUACAGCUCAACUUUGACAGCUUCACCCUUGGCAAAUUCGUUUCGUUCACCGCGGAAGGAUGUCCAGACGGAUCUUUGCAAAUCUCCGAAGCGGAACGUCCCGAUGUAGGAGGACUUUGGUGUGGUACGACGAGGGAUCCAGCUAUUUACUACAGCGAAACGUCCAGCGUCUCCAUAACUCUGAAACUUCUACGACUCAGCAAGGAUCAGAAGGCAUUCAAUUUCGAUUUUCGGAUGGCGUACAAGAUGAUCAGAAAAUCCGACGCCGUUGUGCGCUACGGGAAUCCUUUCGUAGGAAUGACGCAGGUAACGAGGACGACGAUGACGACGACGACGACGACGACGACGAUGACGACGACGACGACGACGAUGAUGACGACGACGAUGGCGUCGAGGACGACGUCGACUGCGGUGAAUACCGAGGACAAGCCGACCGUCGAAUAUACUAAUACUUCGAUGGCGAUGCUUAUGGUCGAGCAACAUCCGGUAACACCAACGAAAUCAACCUCGGAACAAUAUCUCGGUGAUCUCAUCUCUGGAACUUACUGCUCGAGAAUAUUCAGCGACUGCGACCAGAAGAAGUGCAGACUGCAAUCCCCAAACUUUCCUGGGCUUUAUCCUCGUAAUCUCACGUGUUACUACGCGGUAAGACAGCACGAGGUACCGCCGGGGAAAUACGCGUUAAUUUCGGUCGGACAGCCAAGAGGUCAAUUGGUCGCUGUAAGAUCUAGACCAGCGACGCAAGGCGAGUCACCGCCGCGCGAGCUCCAUCUCUGGCAAGAUUGCGACGUCAUACAGGAUUACGUGACCGUCUACGACGGUUAUACCACGAGGGAUCCGGUGAUACUAAAAUUCUGCGGUGGCGGAGAACCAGUGCCCGAGGCAACGAGCAGCGGACCAGAAAUUCUCGUGGAGUUCACAACGUCCCCUUACGGUACCUUUCUACAUUCGACGCCGCAACGUUCCCUUCACGGAUUUCAAUUGGAAGUCCAGAGAGUACGUAUUUCUCAGGUGAAAUUCGUCGAUGCCGAUUCACCGACGUACGCGAAGAACAAGCGCUGCGAAUUUUGGUUGAAAGGCAAUAGCGGAGGGGUGCUGGAGUCUCCCCGUCAUUCUCUACCGAGAAACAGUAGCUGCCUCUAUCAUUUACGCGGCGCCGGACCCACUUUGCCCAGUCCCACGCCUCCGCGUCCUUUACCCAAAUUCCCAGAGCAACGGCCCGGUACGGUAUGGCGGAGACCGGCGCCGGUUCCACCGCAACCGCAGUUCCGCGUUUGGUUGUCGAUUUUAAAGUUUCACGUUGGCAUCACCGCUUCUGCCGGCACCGACGAGGAUUGUUCGACGACUCUGAUGGUUUGGGACGGAGAAAUGAUGCCCCUUGGGGAAUGCAACGAAGCUUGCGAGAAGGAACGUCAAAGGUACAUAGAGAGACUCGGAGAAGCGACUUCGCAAGUUGUCGCACGUCCCGCAAACAACACGACUCUCCUUGCCAGAUAUUGCAAGGACAAGGUUCCAAGAACUUGCGACCACGCGAUUCUUCAAAACGUCAGUCGUCCUUGCUCCCUCGGAGAAAGCUUCGUAUCAUCCGGCAACAGCUUGACCAUAGAGAUGCGCAUGAUCGAGUCUACGGCUCUCAGGCCCGUCAACUUUCGAGCUCUCUACGAGUUCGUCGAUCUCCAUCAGGAUGGCGAAGCUUACGGCAGCGGACCGUGCUCGCGUGCCUUUUACAGCCGAAAUCGAGACACUUAUCCAGAUCGUAGAUUUCAAGGACCUCGCGAUAUCUUUCUUUACGGUCGUGGUGGAUCGAAAAAUCUUAGUUGCGUGUACCGGUUCGAGGGUGAACACGACGAGGUCGUCAAGCUGCGGUUCAACAGACUUCUCAAUGGAAACCGGACCUGUCGCAGCGUCUCCUCUUCCGAUUUUAAUCGUCUUCUUUGCAUUGGAUCCGAUAACUUCUCCCUCAAAGUGCUCGAUCUCCCAUGGCCUAACGCACCGGCCGUUCAACGCGAUUGCUUUUGCUCGAAUCGUUCUCUCCCUAUGAACAUCAAGUCCAGCUCGAACAUCGUCGAGGUACACCUGACGGUAACGUCUAUGAACGCCCUGGACGACUACAACAACAUCUUCUUCGAGGGUACUUGGGAGUUUGUCAAAACGUCGCCGUGUUUACAAAAGCGCAGAGUGAGAGGGCCUUCGGGGGUGAUCAAAUACAGAUGGCCGCUCAUCGACGAGGACGAGGUACCUACUUUUUCCAGAAACUGCGAGAAGCAUCCUUGGCUGAUCGACCCGGCUCCAGGACAAUAUCUCUAUGUGAAAACCCACGGUUCGAUCAUGACGAAUCGUAUCAAGUGCGCGACGAAAAAUCGUAUAGUUUUGCACGCCGGAGGAAACAUUCGUGCAUCGGUAUGCCCGAAACCGAUGGAAGAUUCUAGGGAACAGGUCGUAGAAAUUUUCAGCGAUGGCUGGUCCGUCGGUAGCGCUAAUUUCAUACCGGUACCUGGCCGAGAUCCCGUUAGAACGAUCGCCGUGGAGUUUUUGAUCAGCGAGCCGGAAGCUUAUGGCGUCACAUGGCUCGAACUUACCAGAAGGCCGGCGACGACGUCUACGGCCGGACUACAAAUGGCCCGGGACUGCGUCCAACGAUGUCCGGAAUUGGACGCGUGCAUAAACGCUUCCCUUUGGUGCGACGGAGUAUCCCAUUGUCCUUCGGGCUACGACGAGGCUUUGAAGCAUUGCUCGAUGCUCCUUCGAUUGCCACCUUUACAUUUUGCCCUCGGAGUUUUGGCUAUUCUAACGAUCCUCGUGGUUAUCUUCAUCGUUAUAUGGCGAAUUUGUCGGCAACGGACCAGUCGCUCGAUAUCUCAGCACCGAUUGAAGAGCAUAUCCUCGGAGACGGCGAUAAUCGAGGGAAAGGAAGUGAUCUGCUGACACAGCGACAGUUCUGUGCGAUACGUCGAGGUUGACCGCGUUACCACCGUGUGACAAUCGCCAUCAUUUUUCGCCUCCGCCUCCUCCGCCAUCCGUUUGAUGUCAAUGCCUUUGUCAUCGUCGGUAAAGCUUUCAAGGAGUCUUCCUUCGGAACAGCUUAUACGCUGUUUUUCCUUUUGAACGUACGACUCUUUGAACUGCCUCGGUGCGGCGUAACGCGCAGAACUCUGUCUUGCUUUACGAUUAACGAACUGAACGAACUGAGCGAACUGACUUUCAAAAGUAAACGACGACGACGACGACGACGACGACGACGACGACGACGACGACGACGACGACGACGGUCGACUGCUCGCUGGCUCGGAUAGCGAUCGAAACUCUUUGACAGAACGGUUCUCGCGUAUUUCUUUUUCCUCCGUGCGCAAAAGCUCGUGUCCCGUAAACGUUUAGAUGUCUUCAAAGAUACGACAAAAUUGAUGCACUCGAAGGAAGGAGGAAAGAAUACCAAAUGUAUACCUCCCUCUCUGUCAACUUGGAACGAGAUCCAAAGAGCAUUGGGUUUCUCAAACUUUUACAAUGUCGUUCCUGCUUGAGUAAACGUAAGAGAGAGAGAGAGAGAGAGAGAGAGAAAGGUACGAACUUUAGACUAAAAUCCUGUUUACGUUACACCACGGAGAACAAGCCGCGAUAAAUGACCGAACUGUUUUAACGAGGACAAUAAGUAAUAAAAUCCUAGUAAUAUCGCACCGUUAUGGUAGUAUAGAUUUUCGCGUAUCUAGGACCUUACGAGUAUCGAUAACUUUUCGAUAUCGCCAACUGUUUCCUUCCUUGGUGUUUCCUACGAUAACGAAAUAAGAAAAUGAUCAUGUUCUGAAUUCAAUUACCGAUCCCAUUCGCUCUUUAUUUAAUACCCCAAAGGUUCAUCGAUACUCCCGUCUCGAUCCUAGAUACAUAUAUUCGAAGAAGAAGUAAUUCGAGAAUGAUCCGAGGCAUCGAGCACUUGACUCGUUCAACGUAAAAUUAAAGAGAAAAAGAAAUCUAGCUGGCCCUUCGUCGAUUCUGGAAUAAAAUGCAAAGAGAAAAAAAGAGAACUUAAGGGGAUGAAAAUGUACUUUGUCUAGGGAUAUCGACCAAACUACAAACUACAAAAAGUAUCUAUAAAAAAGUGUGUGUGUGUGAGAGAGAGAGAGAGAGAGAGAGAGAGAGAGAGAGCGAAUUAAUCUUAUUCGAUUACUAAUCGAUUUUAAGCGACGUGACUUUCGAUUCGAGGGGCUAGACGAUGCGGUUGAUAGAAAUCGCGUAGUUUGAAAUGAUGUGAUAAAUAUAUACGAUGCUGUUUUCCUCGAAGCUGUGCUUCGAAAUUAUUGUUACGUCCGAUGAUGCGACGUCGAUGGAAAACAAAAAAAAAAAAAAAAAGAAAACAGCUAAAUGAAGAAUUCUUCGAACAUUCGAAAAAAAUAGCAUCGGCGUCGAUGUCACGGCUUGUACACCAUGUUCAUAUAAUUGUAAAUAAUUGAUUAUUGACCUAUUUAUAUAACGGUUAAAAAUGCUACACACGUGCACGCGUUUGCCUCCGUUCGCGAACAUCGGCGUCGCGAAUUAUUUUAUUUAUUUCACUGGCAGAUAUUUGUAGCAAUGCAACGCAACGCAACGCAACGCAACGCAACGGAGAACGGCACCGUGCCGCUUCACUACUAAUCGAUAAGUACUACGAAUUUCGAGGUGAAGAGAGAAACGCGAAUUCUUCGGGAGGGAAAAAGGAAAGACGCGCCAAAAAAACAAAACAAAAAAUACGAUAAAACAAAACAGCGAAUUCGAGCGAAUGAGAUAACGGCUGCGAUCGAUUCGAAAUUAUCCGUCAAAUAUACAACAUAUAUUAUACGUAUUUUCAGCUAGCCAAAAUCACCGCCAUUCUUUUCUUGAUUAACUAUAAGUAAAAGUUAAUUGGCGAAGGGUCGCGUUACGGUACGCUAAGAAAGAAGAAAGAAAAAAAAAACGACCCUCCACGACACGUUGAAAGAGGACAAUCCUACGAUAUUGAUCAUUACUACUGGUCGGGUAGUAAGUAUCGUUUUCGGCCAAAAGAAAUCGGUACGCGCGCGCCUAUUAUUUUUUAAAUCUUAUACUUAUAGCUUCUUCGUUUGGUUAAGCUAAAUUCGUUAAACCCGCUAAAGAUUAAUUAACGAAACUUACGCAGAUCUAUCCAUUUAUUUUAUCAAUAACAAUUCAGAGAACAUAAGACUGAUGGUAUUUCGAGACAAUUACUUCAACGUCAAUGUGCAUCCUUCUUUUUUUUUUUUUUUUUUCUAUCGUGAAAUAUCAACGAAAAUGUGAUCCUCCAAACUGCCAUUCGUACUCAACACGUAUGCAUGUACGUAGAGAGAACUUUUUUUAGUAAAAAUCCAUCGACAUUCAAAACGGGAAAAAUCAAUGGAGUCCAUUUUUGUAAUAAUCAGCGAUACGUGUUCUUCCGGUCCGAACGACGAACCGACGAAACGAACCUACGAAGAGUGCGAAAAAAUUUGCUCGGUAGGAAGAAGAACAAACAAAAAAAGAAAAAAAGGUUUUUAAAUCGUUUAAAUAGAAAAAAGAAAUUUUAUUUGAAACGGUGAAACGUGUGUCGUGCGCCGACGAUGUACUCGCAUACUAACGUUGUUUACAUGUUCUCUUUUCGAGACGUCGCGACGAACGAGCAUAAUUAACUAACGAAAAAACAGGGUCGCUCGAGCACGAUAAUUUGCGUGCACGCGCGCGUUAUUAUGCCUUUGUUCUUUCUAUCGUACUUAGGAGCUUAAAAGCUCCGCAUCGGCCGAAGAAAGCAGCACAAACCGUUCGAUAUACGAGUAUGAUGAGGUAUUCCAAUACCGUAUUCCAACAUCGGCCUUCUUGUGUUCUUAUUCGCGACAAUUGCAACGGGAGAUAUGAUUUACGUACUCGUUAAUACUUACAGAAGGCACAAAAUAAUUUUAAGAAUAAGCAUCGCAUUGUCGAAAAGAUAUUUCGCUUUUUUGUCAAAUUAUCGUCCAAGACAGACUCGAAUAACGAUAUUUAGAUUAUGAUUUGAUCAAAGAUAAGCAUUACAGUUGAGGAGGAUAAUUUUUCGAAAACGAUAAUAUCGAGUUCAUUCGAGAACGUAACGUUCUUUGGAGUGGAACAAAAAAAUAGAGGGGGAGAGAGAGAGGCGAAAACGCGUCAACUUGUAAGUGGAGGGUCGUUCGCGAACUCGCUGAAGAACCUCGCGUGUAUCGAUCGUACACGAGCGCACAGCAACCCGAAACAACGAGGAACAACGGUCAUUCGAGCGCAAAACUUGAUGCGACGAGCGCUCUCGUCACUCGGUAACAAGGGAAACUUCGUUAGGACGUCCUUUUUACCCUUUCGCCUUCGAAAGGUCCCUCUUCCUUUUUCGAUGCACUGCAACGCACAUUGCAACGCAUUUCGAUUAUACCUUAUCGAGCGCGAACGAUGCCACGUACGACACUCGAUAAUAAUAUUUUCCAAUUUCAAUUCUAUUAUCACUUUUGUAAUCCUGUCCUCUCGCUUUUUCAUUGCUCCUCGACGAACUAUUCGCCCCCGAUCCCGGGAAGACUCGGAAGGAUUCGGGAUUUCACGAAGCUCCUCUGUUGUAAAUAGUUUUUUCUUCUAGUCCGUAAGAAUUUUAAAUGCUCUAGAAAAGCCGAGUGUAAGCCGCAUAAUACAAAUAUUAAAUUAUAAUAACAAUAAUAAUAACAACAAUAAAAUACAAAUAAAAAUGAAAUAAAAAUAAUAAUAUUAAAUAAUGAUAAUACUAAUAAUAAUAAUAAUAAUAAUAAUAAUAAUAAUAAUAAUAGUAAUAAUCACGUAGACGAAUAGUCGUUAUUAUCACGAUGUGAACCAUAUCCAGAAACGCGUUUAUUGUUGGAUCGCUUAAAUGUGGCAGCGAAGGAAAAUGUUCUUUUGUCUCGCGUAUCGACGAAUGUUACGGUAAUAUCGGCAAACUGACCGAGUGGAAUCGAAUGAGAUAUUGUUUUAGAAGAUUUUUGCAACGAUAUAAAUGAAACGUCACUUUUUUGGAAAUAAUCGAUCGCACUUAGGUCGUUGAUGUUUCAAGUCUGAAAUAAUGUCUUACUCGAUAUUCUCUUCUGAGAAAAUCGAAUAAAAGAUGAACGAGUAGCUGCUAUACGAUUAGCGCAAGUUAGUUUCGUUUUUGAAGAGAAAAGUAGGAAAUUAUAUGUACACAUACAUAUACAUGUAUAUGUAUGUAUGUAUAUACGUACGAGCGUGUAUAGAUAUGUAUAUAGAGGAUGAAAUGGACAUCGUGCUACCGAGACGAAUAGUAGUAUAAUACGCGCGUUUCACAAUUAUAAAUUGAUUUAUAUUAUCGUCUCUCUCUACCUUCAUUUAAUUUCGUAAAUUCAGUUUAGAGCUCACCGACUGACUCUCUAUUAAAGGUUUAUAUAGUCGCACAGAACUUUUAUGGGUUCAAAGCUCGUCUUCAAAGACUGCCGAAAAACGCUUAUUAUUUCGAACCAUCGAUCUUACGCGAAUCUUCGUGUCCGCUUAUCGUAAUUAUGAAUUUCUCUAUCGACGUUAGCGACGAUGUACAAAACACACGAUUUGGCACAAAUUCGAUUAGUCCAAUCGUUUUUUUGUUCUAUUUUUUCUUACCAAGAAGUUCAAUUUUCACGCGUUGACCGAACUCGCUUUCUACGUUUGUAUAUGUUACCGAGCGUUUAUGCUUAUCUAUAAACUAUUCGUGCUAGGACGAGAUACUUUGGAAAAGAUUCAAAGGCGAAUGACCUUGCCAUUCCAAAUCCAACGAUUUGUCGUCUCGUUUGAUAAAUACUUGCAUGUAUCGCAAAAUAAUGAAAUCAUUUGAUCGAUUAUAUAAAUGCCCAUUUAAUAAAGAAAAGGAAAUAAUGAAAAGCAUGUGAAUGUAAGUAAGAAAAUAAUCGACGGGCGUAUUCGAUCGUAUUCUUAAACUUCUUCGGUAUGGCACGAAGACAAUUAUUAAAUAUUAUUCUAAGAAAGACCAAAUUAUACUCUCGAAACUUUCGCAGCAGUAAUUUAUAUUAUUAUCUCUUAGCAGCGAAACUUUUAUUGUUUUUAGUGCAUGCUUGUGCACUGACAGUAAGGGAAAAUUAGAGAAGUAAAACAGUAAAAAGCGAAAAAGGAAAAAACAAAAACAAAAAAAGAGAAAAACGAAAAAAGGAAACAAAAAAGGAAACAAAAAAGAAAACAAAAAAGAAAAUAAAACGAAAUAAAAACACUCGUGCAUGAAGAUCUCUUUCGAUGGACGCUCGAUUAGUACGGCGAAAAUCAAGGUCAGCAAGAAACCUGACAAUAAACUGACACGAAUGGUUAACGCAUAUACACACACACACACACACACACAUGUACUCGAUACUAUCGCAAAGCCACAGACGCAAGCACACACACACAGAGAGAGAGAGAGAGAGAGAGAGAGCAGCACUCCUCGUAUGCGCGCACGCGCGCGCGCACACACACACACACACACACACACACGAAUGUUUCUUAGUAUAUGUAUGUAUAACCUAGAAACGGGCUCGAGGAUCAGGUGACACGAUUCGUGCUGUUCGAUCGUCAUCGUACAGCGACGAUGACGCCACCGUCUCUCGAUCCUACGAAUGAUUCACAGAUUUAAUUUUCCCCAUGAUCCCAAAAGAUAGGAAUAUUUCUUGGACUUUCUCGUUCAAAGAAGCGACAUCGUACCACCUGAUCUCGACGUACUACAUACGACAUAUUGUACCACGAUCAUUCCUUCUAUCGAUAACAAAGAAUUCUAACUGAGCAAUCACUGAGCAGUUAUAUAUAAUGAAAUUAGUAAAUACACCAAAGACGUGCUCGUAUAUGCAUAUACGUACAAUGUGCAUACACAGUUAUUAAUUAUACCGUUACUAAUUACCAAUUCGUAUAUCGAAUAUGCGACAUUUUUAAUAAAUUAUUUUGAAGAUUG